UUGAGACAGAGCACAGGGCUGGGUGCAGAGUGGUGACAGGCAGCAGAGAAUCUCUGGUUUCAGAUGUAGCCCUUCCCUCUUCCUUGAACCUCACUGGUCACUGGGCGGGGACAAAGGUCCAUGGAGGUGGCCCCAUUACAGCCGUUAUGCUGUUGACUCUCCUUGGACACCGGACUUAGCAUGGCCUUCAGAGGACGCAGAUGUCCCCUCUCUUCUCUGUUGGUAUUCUCUGAGCCCCUCCUGGGCACCAGCUGCCACGCCGGAAGCUGGGAACACAGUGGAGACCCAGCAGCCCAGCCUGCCCUCAUGCAGUUCAUGGUCUAGGGGGGAGACGGGAGUUAUCUGGGCCUUCCUGAGGUGUCGCCAACGGCACGGCCAGGCCAGCAUGGUGGACCACUUGCUUCCAGUGGACGAGACCUUCUCGUCGCCGAAAUGCCCAGUUGGUUACCUGGGUGACAGGUUAGCCAGUGGACGGGCAUACCACAUGCUGCCCUCACCCCUCUCGGAGGAUGACAGCGACGCCUCCAGCCUCUGCUCCUGCGCCAGCCCGGACUCACAAGCCGUCUGCUCCUGCUACAGCAGUGGCCUGGGUGCUGAGGGCCAGGACAGCAUCUUGGACUUCCUGCUGUCCCAGGCCACCCUGGGCAGUGGUGGUGGCAGUGGCAUCGGGGCUGGCAGUGGUCCCAUGGCCUGGGGGGCCUGGCGCAGGACACCAGCACCUGUCAAGGGGGAGCAUUUCUGCUUCCCCAAAUUUCCUGUGGGUGACCCUGAUGAUGUCCCAAGGCCCUUCCAGCCCACCCUGGAGGAGAUUGAAGAGUUUCUGGAGGAGAACAUGGAGCUGGGGGCCAAGGAGGCCCCAGAGAGCAACAGCAAGAACGCAGAGGCCUGCAGCCAGCUCUCAGGCGGGCCGCACAGGAGCCACCUCCACCCCGGGUCCGGUGGCAGAGAGCGCUGCACUCCCCUCCUGGGCGGUGCUGGUGCAGAUGGCAGCCAGAGCCCUGCUGGGGGGCCCGCAUCAGAUGGCCCCAUCCCCGUGCUGCUACAGAUCCAGCCUGUGCAGGUGAAGCAGGAAUCGGGCACGGAGCCGGCCUCCCCUGGGCAUGCCCCAGAAGGUGUCAGGGUUGCCCAGCUUCUGGUCAACAUCCAGGGUCAGACCUUCGCACUUGUGCCCCAGGUGGUGCCGUCCUCCAAUGUGAACCUGCCUUCCAAGUUCGUGCGGAUUGCCCCUGUGCCCAUCGCUGCCAAGCCCAUUGGGUCGGGACCCCUGGGGCCCGGCUCCACUGGCCUCCUCAUGGGCCAGAAGUUCCCCAAGAACCCCGCAGCAGAACUCAUCAAAAUGCACAAAUGUACUUUCCCCGGCUGCAGCAAGAUGUACACCAAGAGCAGCCACCUCAAGGCGCACUUGCGCCGGCACACAGGCGAGAAGCCCUUUGCCUGCACCUGGCCGGGCUGCGGCUGGAGGUUCUCCCGCUCCGACGAGCUGUCGCGGCACCGGCGCUCGCACUCGGGCGUGAAGCCCUACCAGUGCCCCGUGUGUGAGAAGAAGUUCGCGCGGAGCGACCACCUGUCCAAGCACAUCAAGGUGCACCGCUUUCCCCGGAGCAGCCGCUCGGUGCGCGCCGUGAACUGAGCGCCCGCCGCCCCCGCGCCCUCCCCGUUCUUUUGUAGCAAUAAUUUAUUUGCGUCUUAAGAAGACGUGACGAUGCUGCCAACCCACCUUCCGAAGCCCGGGAGGUGCCGCCCCUCGGGGAAGACCUGGAGCCCUGGGCCCCUGGGGCUGCGCCCCUAGCAGCGGCCGCGGCCCUCCCGCCUCCGUGCCUUGGUGCCUUCCGCGGGCUGGCCGGCGCCGGGCGCUGGGAGCCUGGACCUCCUCCCACGGCUCCCUGCCCGGGCCGAGCCUGGCACCUUUCGCUCAGAAGAAGAAAUGUGCGGUUUUGAAGUGUCUGGUCCCGGAGGGAGCCGUGCGGGGGAGGAGGAAGUAGGCCAGAAGUCCAGGGCGCCCGGCGGCGCGGGGGUGCUUUGCUCCAGGAUCUGCCCCUCAGCCUGACCAGCAGAGGGGUACGAACAGGGCACUCAGGGUGCAGAUCCGGGCCCCUGGCAGAUGGGGCAUUAGGCAGAGGGUCUGGCCACGCAUGUGCUUGAGCUAAAGUGCAGGGCGGAGGAUGCAGGCCAGCCCCGGAGCAUCUGUACGCAACACGGCUCAUCCCCUCAUCCUGUUCCAGACAGAUCCAGGCACCAGCCUCCGGGGUCACCUUGGAGAAAGAGGGGAGCAGGCUGCAUUGUGUGUAGGAGAACUAGAUAGAGCCUCCGAAUCCUGAUUUAGAAAUGCAUUCCUUAUUUUGUCUAGAAAUUAAUAUCAAAUGAACUAGCUUGUUUUGACAGGUUUAUUUCACAUCCUAUGAAUGUAUGUAAAUAAGCUGUACAUAGGUACAUCUACAUAAAAUGUCUUUUAAUAACAUGUCAACAUUUGUGUAAAUUUGAAAUUAAAAAAUCUAUAAAGCUGGUGUACAUAUGUUACAAUUAUGUAUAUUUUCUUUGGUCCUUCAUAAAAAUAUAUUUACUUUGCCAAUAAAAAGAAAAACGA